UCAUAACAUUAGCAACAGCCCUGUUAUUACACUGUUGGUAGUUAACAGUGCCUAAUGUGUCUAGUGUUGCACAUAUAAGUUCGCUGUGCAGCACUGGCUGGCAGACCAAGACGAAAAGUUUUCGUCCCAAUAUUUGUUUAUAAGAUAAAAAAGGAAAUAAGGUGCCGCAAUGGAUUUAUACGACGAUAUAGACGCUAAGCCGCGUGCUAGCCAAAUGGAUGGAUGGUCGUCGGGCAUCAAAAUGCUGCAAACACAAUUGGCAGUAAAGAAAGCACAGUUGCCGAAGCCUAAACCAAGAGAUCAAAUCAAGAAACCGCUAAUGACACCCGUGGUUAAUCUGCGUGCUAAACGGCCAACAGACGCAGAGAGUUUCAUGCCCAUUGCAGUGGCUGCCAAACAAAUCAUUAGCAGCACCACUUUGCAAGCAGCUCCAGCGCUGCUUGAGAGCAUUAAGACAGAUGACUGGGAUUUUGUGGACGAGUACGAUCCACAGUGGCCGAACGAGUACGAAAAGCUGAAGGACAAGAGCAAGAGCAGCGAGAAACCACGCAACAGCAGCAGCGGCAACAACAAUCGCGAGGAUCGAGAUCGCGAUAGAGAUCGAGAUCGGGAACGCAAACGGAAUCGUAGCGGACGCCGAGACACGCACAGUCAUGACACUUCGCCACCAGCAAUGAAGUACAGUGGCUUUGGUCAGCGCCAGAGUGACGAAGAUCGCUACAGUCCACCAGCGCCAGGUUCGGUGGCUAAACAAGGAGGUGGCGCUGCAAUUGCGCCGCCGCCAUCGCUGUCCAUUGAUAAUGGCGACGGUGCCUCUAAUGUCACCAUACCGUAUUCGGCCAGCUCAGUGGCCGCCAAGAUAAUGGCAAAGUAUGGCUUCAAAGAUGGCCAAGGACUGGGCAAAUCGGAGCAGGGCAUGUCAAUGGCACUGCAGGUGGAGAAGACGUCUAAGCGAGGUGGACGCAUUAUACACGAAAAGGAUGUAUUUAUACCGCCACUAGGUGCACCGUCCUCUCCGCCACCAUCGUCAUCGUCUCAAUUGCCCACAGUGAAUGCAACGCCUAGAGUCUCAAGUCCUACUCCUGCAGUAGUGAUGCCGCCUCCGCCAUUACCAGCUCCAACAGUAACAGCUUCACCAGCAGCAACCGCUGCUGAGACCGAGCCCAGCAUAACAGAGAUCAUGAAGGCGCCCAGCAAGGUUGUGUUAUUGCGCAAUAUGGUUGGGCCUGGCGAUGUGGACGAAGAGCUGGAACCAGAAGUGAAGGAUGAAUGUAACACUAAGUACGGCGAGGUGAACAGUGUCAUCAUCCACGAGGCGUUCGGUACUGUGCCCGAGGAUGCCGUCAAAAUAUUUGUCGAGUUUAAACGCAUUGAGAGCGCAAUUAAAGCUGUCGUGGAUUUGAAUGGUCGCUUUUUUGGAGGGCGGCAGGUGCGAGCUGGAUUUUAUAAUUUUGACAAGUUCAAAAGUUUUCAAUUAAAUUAAGCAUAAUAAACCAUAAAAUGUAUUGUUUGAAUCUGUAAC